AUGUCAAGUCGAAACUUCGUAGUUUUAUAUUUUCCUCAAUAUCGAAAGAUUCACCGAAAAUUCAGAUUAUUUUACUGUUAUAACCUCCUACCGAUGGACAACAUAUUGGCUCAGAAGGAAUUGGACAGUUGGAACCGCUCCCUGGUCAAUGAUCUCGGUGAGUAUUUGGUGGGUUUUAGUCCAAAUGAAGUUGAUCUGAAAAGUAUCGAUUUGUUUAAAAGUCGACUCUGCCAACUGCUAUCGAGAUGCCAUCCAAAUCUGACCGAGAUCGGAAAUGAUCGAAGCCGAUCCGAUUGGGACAUCGCAUAUGCUCAAUUUGUAGAUGUGAUGGGAUUUGUCCCACACUCGGCGGAGUUCUGGUGGCGAGUACCUCAAGAUGAAGAAAUAUUAACUGAGAACCAAUGGAAAGUAAAAUAG